UAAUUUAUUUUGACAGUCGGCAAAUCGUAAAUAAUCAACUAUUUUUGUCAUAUUUAGUAAAAAAAAAUAACAGAGGUCAUAUUGUGAAAAUUUUUUUUUUACAAAAAAGAUUUUAAGAAUGUCGGACACUUCACAAUUUACCCAAUCACAAUCUCGUUCAGGUGACAGAGAUGUUUAUCAACAAUCACAAUUUCCCAUUGGCAGCGAACAAGUUCAACCCAGACAUCAGUUCUCAUAUUCCCAACCUUCAACGCAAGGACAAAAACCACAACACCCUUUAGCUAAUUAUCAAUUUUCUUCCGAAGAAUUAAGGGUUUUAAGAGAAUGCAAUACGGAGUCAUUUUUCCAACGUUGUAUACCAUUUAGCGCAGUAUUUGGCCUUGGCUCACAUUUAGCAGUCAAAAAUGGUUUUCUGACACCUAAUCCUAAAUAUGGCUCGAUUCCAAAAGUUGUAGUAAGUGUAAUUAUAGGCUAUUUUCUUGGCAAAAUCAGCUAUCAACAAAAAUGUGCUGAAAAAAUGAUGCAAUUACCAAACUCAAAAUUGGGAGAAAUUUUAAGACAAAAAAAGCAAGGGGGCAUUGUGGGUUCUUUGCCGAAUCAAGGCAUGGGAACUCCCGGAUUCGGUUUAACGCCGUUCUCAGCUGCUCCAAACAACGACGUCUAUGACGAUACACAUUUAAAAGAUAAGCAAACUAGAUCAAAUGCGUUGGACUUGGAUACUGAAAGACCUACUUUUAGUUUAGAUGAUAGUCAAAAUUUUGGUGAUAUUGGCAAUCAAAAUGAAACUUUACCUUUAGAACCUCCUAAAAAAUUGGUAACUUACGAGGAGCUUAGAAAAACUAAUCGGGAUAAUUACUACAAAAGAGCGCAAAGUAAUGCACCAAUUAUACAAGAUUCACCGAGUGUAAUAAGAACAAGAGAAAUUCCACCGUCAACAAGUAAUAGUGAUGAAGCACAAAAUGAACCGAUAAAGCCAAUGAAGAAAAAUCAAUAUGGCGACGUUUGGUCGCAAUAAUAAUACUAUAGAAUUUUGAAAAUGCAAAUGGAAAUUGUUCAACCUUAGAAAAACUAAUCGUCUAAUAACGAAUGUUAUAAAAAAUUUAUAUUUCUUAGAUAUUUAUGUAUUUAGAUAUAUUCAUCAUAUAUCUAAAGCAGUUAUAAUUUUUAAUUACACAAAAAUAAACAUU